ACUUACAUUCUCAGUGCGUCGUAGUCAAAUGCGUCUUCAUGGAUGGGACGCAUGCGCCAUGCUUCGUACUGCAACAGACAGACGCGAUCGACAGCCACCGUCAUCUGGAGAAAACAGACAUUUCUGAGACCCUUUGAGACAAACCAAGAAACAACACAUGAGCUUUAAUGGAUAAUUACGAUCACAGAUGGAUUGAGAUAGAGGAGAUUUGGAUAUAGCAGGUUAAAUAACCCUACGUUCGUUUUUUUGUCACGUGGUCAAGCUUGGCCAAUCGGGGUCGAGGGAAAUGUAGCUCAAAGUAUGCUCUUUGUUCGUGAGUUUUGGCCUCCUUAUCCACUACAUUGAGAAACAUAUCUUGUAAAAAUGCACAGGACUUGGGGACGGCGUGGACUUUUAUCGGAGGAGUGUGUAUUGGAUUCGUUUUAUUACCUUUUUUUUUUUUAACGCGAUGCCACGUGUUCAACUUUUGAUAAACAGCUGCGCCAAAGCUUAUCUUGUCACAUGAUUCCCCUCCCCCACCCGGCCCAGGGAAUGGGGGAGAAGGCGGACAUGUUUGAGGGAAAUGUGUUGGUUUAAAGUAUCGAGGUGGAGGACGAGAAGAUAAUUUGAAGAAAGGUUUUCGCAUCAUUUGGGGAUUUACCAGGCGACAUUUGUGUUUGUUUUUAUUUUAAGGUUUUUAUGUCAUACUUUACAAACAAGUAGUUCUGUUUUUGAGGUUAUUUAACUCCUUUUUUUUAUUUAUAGUUUUUUUCUUUUUAAACUUGUUUAGUGUUAAAAUUGUAACAAGUUAAGUUAAAUUUAACAUUGGAUGCAUUUAUUGUUACUUUGUUUCAGUGACAUUGUAGGGUAUUUGUAACCUUGGUGUGGGGGAUGGGCGCAUGUGGUUAGGUAACAGUUCUUGUGAUUGUCAAACUUUAUAUAUAAUCCGUUUUUAAAGACAGUAUUUAUGAUGUUGCCGCUUUCGUUAAUUUGUAAUCCUGUUUUCUAAACGGUUUUGGUUAAAUUUAAUGUUGCAUUAUCAAAGUUUAGGAAUUUCAUUUUUCAGUUUAAUUAGGAUAACUGUUCUGUUUUUUCUUUACCCCAAAAAUCAUUUGUGUAAUGGACACAUUUUCUGAUAAUUUGGCUUAGGAUAAAAAAAGGAAAUACUUUUACUAAAAGUGGGGCGAGGUCAGUGUGAAACUGCUGUGUCAUUCAGUAGGUGUUGGUAGUUAUAAGAACUGCUUGUUUUCUCUUCCUAUUUGCGUUCUCUACGUUUAAUUAACUAGUCUACAGUUUUUCCUCGUUAUUUAAUAGACUUGAUUUGUUUUAAAUAUAUUUAGCUCAGUACUUCUUUGUGGUUCAUGAGCCAAGGAGGCCUUGUUUGGCUUUUGUUCCCUUUUUUUAAACGAGCUCAUAUCUGCGGCGGAUUAACGCGGUUUAAUCCCACUGUCUGGACGCGAAUUAUGUAGCGUUUAGUGCGAUUUGGUGUCACAGAAAAUCUUUAACUUUUUGUGAGAAAUUGUAAAGAUAACACUCGGUGUCAUUGUGCUCAAAGAUGGCGGCUGUGUGGCUCCUUUGAAAGACAGAAAUGCGGAUAUUCUGGUAAGUAGAGAGACAGCUCGUGGGCGCUCUUGAGGGGUGCGCGUGACCUGGUGGAAGAACCAAUCACCUUCUUGGUAUUCACUCUGGAAGCCCGCGUUACAGCCUGAUUGACCAAUCAGAGCAGUCGUGCUGCACGCGUUGACGUAAUGAAGUAUUGCAAAAAACGACGGUUGGCUUCACUCCCUUCGUAUUUUAGAUUGUGGAACCGGUUUCCGACGGUAGCUGUAUGAUACAAAACACCUAAGAACAGUAGUGCCUUUUAUUUUCAUCCCCGAUAUUGUACCUUUGCUAAACCGUUGAUGCAACAGAGUGCAAGUCCACUUCCGGUACUGUAGGGGUGUGACGACUUUGACAGACACCAUGAGCAGCCAAUAGAAACUGAGAAGGCGUGGCCAGUAAGCGCGUGUCUAUCCAAUAAGGUGGAUGGUCUGUCUAUAUAAGACGGGGUGCGCUCGCUCAGUCGCCAUUUCAACGAAGCAGAUGAAAGGAUUUCGCCGUGGCGGGGAGCCGGGAAACCCUUGAACAGAGACGGAUCCAGGUUGAGCCCUAAAUAAAAACAGAAUCCGGAUCCAUCCUUAUGGAUAUGGCUGUAAACCCGCUCCUUGACAGCACCCAUGUCGGGCUUGAUGUUGGCUUAAUGGGGGUCACGUCAAUGGAGCAGAGUUCCGGCGCAGCUGGAAAGCGCAUCCGAAAACCCUCACUGCUCUACGAGGGCUUUGAGAGCCCCGGGAUGCCGCCCCUCAAUCAGAUGGCCCAUCUGGGACCCCCUCAGCCCCCGGUGAAAGACCCGAGCCGUCAGGGAAGGAUGACCAACCAACUUCAGUUCCUGCAGAAAGUCCUGCUUAAGUCUUUGUGGAGGCACCACUUUGCCUGGCCCUUCCAUGAACCCGUGGAUGCAUCCAAGCUCAACUUGCCUGACUAUCAUAAGAUCAUCAAAAUUCCUAUGGAUAUGGGCACGAUAAAGAAGAGACUGGAAAACAAUUACUACCGCAGUGCCAGCGAGUGCAUGCAGGACUUCAACACCAUGUUCACAAAUUGUUACAUUUACAACAAGCCUACUGAUGACAUCGUACUCAUGGCCCAGUCACUGGAGAAGGCAUUCCUGCAGAAAGUGGCCCAGAUGCCUCAGGAUGAGGAAGAGCUUCCUCCUCCUCUUCCGCGGAUGAAACCUGGCAAACCUGGGAGAAAAGGCAGAGUCUCCGGAGGAGUGACGACAGCUCAUCAGGUCCCAGCUGUCUCUCAGUCAGCUUACUCACCUCCCACUCCAGAAACCCCAGACUCAAUCCUCUCCACCCCUCCGCAGACACUUUUGACCAAGAGCCUGCCCCCCUCCCUUCAAAUUGAUCAGAGCAUCCCUACCAUAACGGCUCAGCCCCACACACAGCCCACCACUACGAAAAGAGGUGUGAAGAGGAAAGCUGACACAACAACCCCGACUACCUUGGCCAUGCCGAUCAUGAGCACCAUGGGCGUUAGCCUGGGGAUGGGUGGUGGACAUGACUCCCCGCUCACCCUCACCUCUCUGGGGAUGGACCACAGCUCAAGCCUGGGAAUGAACCAGGGCCUCAGUCUCAAUCAGGGCAUGGGGAUGGGCAUGGGGAUGGGAAUGGGGAUGGGCAUGGGAAUGGGGAUGGGCUGUGGACCAGUUAUGAUGGGAAGCAAAGCAUCAGCCGGGGCCAGGAGAGGAGUUAGUGGACGACCCAUUAAGCCUCCUAAGAAGGAUUUGCCAGACUCCAUGGUUGCACCGCCGGUGCGCCGCAGCAAGCUGAACCCUCAGCUGCGCUACUGCAACGGGGUCCUAAAGGAGCUGCUGUCAAAAAAGCAUGCAGCGUAUGCCUGGCCGUUCUACAAGCCUGUUGAUGCCUCCACACUCGGUCUACAUGACUACCACGACAUCAUCAAGCAGCCAAUGGACCUCAGCACCAUCAAGCGGAAGAUGGACAGCAGAGAGUAUCGUGACUCCCAGCAGUUCUCAGCUGAUGUCAGACUGAUGUUCUCCAACUGCUACAAGUACAACCCUCCUGACCAUGAUGUGGUGUCCAUGGCCAGAAAACUGCAGGAUGUGUUCGAGUUCUGCUUUGCUAAGAUGCCUGACGAGCCUCCAGCUCCGCCUAGCUCCUCAUCCUCCUCCUCGUCCUCUUCGUCGUCAUCAGAGAGUGAGCUCAGCAGUGAAAGCGAGGAGAGUGAUAGCAGCCCGAGCUCUGACUCUGAGGAGGAGAGAGCGAACCGGCUGGCAGAGCUGCAGGAACAGCUUAAAGCCGUACACGAGCAGCUCACUGCACUCUCCCAGGGCCCCAUAGUCAAACCCAAGAAGAAGAAAGAGAAGAAGGACAAGAAGAAGAAGAAGAAGGUGGAAAAAGAAAAGCACCGGAGGGUCGAAGAAGAGCUGCCUCCUGUUAAACCGGCAAAGGUCCCCAAGGUUUCCAAAACCCCUAAAGCCAAGACCCCCCGAGCACCGGCCUGUCCUGUUGUGCCAAUAAAGAAAGCCCCGAGCAAGAAAAACAACAAGAGCAAAUCCAAAAAGACCAGCAUGACGUUCAGCAUGCCUCAGCCGGCCAUGGAUCCCAUCGUUAGUCAUUUCGACUCCGACGAGGAGGAGGAGACGUCACCGAUGUCGUACGAUGAGAAGCGUCAGCUCAGCCUGGACAUCAACAAGCUGCCCGGCGAGAAGCUGGGCCGCGUAGUUUACAUCAUCCAGUCCCGCGAGCCCUCGCUCCGAGACACCAACCCAGAGGAGAUCGAGAUAGACUUUGAGACACUGAAGCCGUCAACACUGAGGGAGCUGGAGAGAUACGUCAUGACGUGUCUGAGGAAGAAACCUCGGAAGCCCUAUGCGAAUAAAAACAACAUCGCUGGCAAGUCCCGAGAAGAGCUGGCUCUGGAGAAACAACUGGAGCUGGAGAGAAGGCUGAUGGACGUGAGUGGACAGCUCAACUCUGGGAAGAAGCCUGCUAAGAACAAACCAGAGAAACCCGCAACAGAGCAGAACACUCAGCCGUCACGCCUCAGCGCCAGUAGCUCCUCCUCAGACUCCUCUUCAUCCUCUUCCUCCUCCUCAUCCUCAGACACAAGUGAAUCAGACUCUGGCUGAGAGGCCGUGUGAGUGAUAAGGGUUCAUGCAAGGGGCCCAAAGCAUUUUUUGCUUUGAGUGGACUAAACUGCAGCAGAGCCUGAGCCGCAGGACGGAUCAGACGAGAGCGGCGCUGGGCAGACCUGGUCCGACUCCAGGUUCAACCUGAGGAGGAGGAGAGAGAGAGAGAUGGGGCUUUCCCUGCACUCGUUUCAUUCAUCCAGUCCUGUCCUGGACACACAAGACAAGCUGAUGAUGGGUGAAUGGAUGGAAAGUAGAGUGGUCUAGUGAAGUCCUAGUGUUCUCUAAAGAGAUGGCCUUUGUUCAGCGGGGCAGGGGAUGCUCCACCUCCUGCUGAAAGAAGAGUGGUGCAUGCGUUUGGAGGGAUAAGGGUGCUAGAGCCAGAAUCUGUCUUUUUUCUGGAGAUAAUUUCCCUUCUUUCCGUGCUCCCUGACUUUAUGCUGUAUAGUUAAGGUGUACAGUUAUAAAAAUAUGGAUUUUUCUUUUAUAAAGAAGCAUUUUAUGGAGCUAAUUUAUUCCCUCUUUCUGGGAAGGACUGGUGUGGGCGAACUGGUGUUUUAGUUUUUGUUGAGGUUUUUUUCUUGAGUGCUAGAAGGUCGAGGGAAACCACGUUUGAGUGUAAGUGCGUGUGUGUGUGUGUGUGUGUGUGUGUUGAGUUGAGUGUGUGUGUGUGUGUCUGUAUACCUGUAUGAGUGUGUCAUGUUUGCAUGCACAUGUGUGAGUGCAAGAUCCAGCACCACAAGUGUGGCCUUGUGAGGUUCCUCAUCGUUUUGACGCAGGCGUUGAAAAUCAGUCCGCACGCAGAAGCACCUUGGUUCAUAGAAAACAGAAAGCAUGCAAUACAGAGGAGCCGACCAACAUCUGCACACUCAUGAACUUCUUUACUGCAUCCUUGUGUACUCAUGUACUUGUUUUAAAGGGUUGGCCACUUGUACAGAAAUGUGACAUAGUUACACGAUAGUUAAAACAUAAAUAUUUCUGUCCCCAUGUGUGCUGUCUUUCUUCAUUCAUUUCUCUGUACACGACGUGUUGCGUUUUCUCUUCUUGUGACCAAUCUGCUAAUAAAUCGUGAGGACUUGUUGUGUCUGCUCACCUGUGCCCAAAUAACAUCUUCGUUCUUUUGAUUUCUUUUGCUCUUUUCACUGAAGUCACCGAACAUCAGGCGACACCGGGCGUAUUUAACGCUGUCAGGGUUGCUGUCUUUCGUGGAGGUGAAGCAUCGUGGGUUGAUUUUUUUUCCCCAUGAGCCAUCACUUCUUUAACACCACAGUGUCACUAAAAAUAAAACUCUUGUCUUCUAAACAAUCUGGCCUUUGAGAUCUACGGCAGCUGAGAGUUUGAUCGGCUCUGUUUUUGGUUAGUUUACUUCUUUGUGUGAUUUUAAAGUUUAGUGAAAGGAGGUUCAGGUCAGGUGAUCUUUUUUCUUUGUUUUUAAAAAGCGAUGUGUCCUUAAAGGAUGUUUUGGUUUUCAGGAUCCAGCAGCUUCUUUUCCCAUCGACAUGUUGUGAGUGAUUAAAAAAACCACUGUUCAUGAAGUGAAACUCUGAAACACUUUUGUGAUGGAGGUGAGAUGUGUGUGUGUUUUCUCUCUGAUUCACCUUUGACUGGAGCUUGGACGACUGUUCGCUGGAACUGAUUAUUUAUUUAGAAAAUAAUUGACUAGAGAAAUCGAAAGUGGUGAAAGUAAUCAGCAUUGUUCAGUGGACUCUGCUUUAUGAAAUAUGCACAGACUAACUGUCAGGAUUGUAGAGGUGUACAUAUAUAUCAGUCUCAAUCUUUGGAGCAUGUUUUUGUUUUCCUUUAGUCACUUUUAGACGAGCUUUUGAUCUGCAAAGAUUUUCUGUCACUGUUUUAAAGGAAGAACUCCAGAGCUGUGAGUCUUUAUCUGAAGCCUCUGUACUUGACUCCAUCUUUUCACCUGAAUUUCUGUACAUAAAUAAACUGAGACAUGUUCAUCUUU